GCUGAGGAGACCCAAGGCGAGGAGCGGCGAGCCGGAGGAGGCGGCGGCCGCGCGCGCACCGGGCUUUCCUCGAUUGCGGGGAUCUCAAGGGGCGAAGGGAUCGCCGGGGAGGAGGACCGGAGAGCCGCGCCUGUCGCGCGGCGCGCCCCUUCCCGCCCCCUGCACCAUGAGCUGGGGCACCGAGCUCUGGGAUCAAUUUGACAACUUAGAAAAACACACACAGUGGGGAAUUGACAUUCUUGAGAAAUACAUCAAAUUUGUAAAGGAAAGGACAGAGAUUGAACUCAGCUAUGCAAAGCAACUCAGGAACCUCGCAAAGAAAUACCAACCUAAAAAGAACUCGAAGGAGGAAGAAGAAUACAGGUAUACGGCUUGUAAAGCUUUCCUUUCCACCCUGAACGAAAUGAAUGAUUACGCUGGGCAGCAUGAAGUUAUCUCCGAGAACAUGACCUCGAACAUCACUGUGGAGUUAGCCCGCUACGUCCAGGAACUGAAGCAGGAGAGGAAAUCGUACUUCCACGACGGGCGGAAGGCCCAACAGCACAUAGAGAUCUGCUGGAAACAACUCGAAUCAAGUAAAAGACGAUUUGAACGGGACUGCAAAGAGGCGGACAGAGCGCAGCAGUACUUCGAGAAGAUGGAUGCAGACAUCAAUGUCACCAAAGCAGAUGUUGAAAAGGCGCGACAGCAAGCUCAAGUACGUCACCAAAUGGCAGAGGACAGCAAAGCAGAUUACUCAUCAAUUCUCCAGAAAUUCAACCACGAGCAGCAUGAAUAUUACCAUACUCACAUCCCCAACAUAUUUCAGAAAAUACAGGAGAUGGAGGAAAGGAGGAUAGUGCGAAUCGGGGACUCGAUGAAGACCUAUGCGGAGGUGGACCGGCAGGUGAUUCCGAUCAUUGGGAAAUGCUUGGAUGAAAUAGUAAAGGCAGCCGAAUCCAUCGAUCAGAAGAAUGAUUCCCAGCUGGUAAUAGAAGCUUAUAAGUCCGGGUUUGAGCCUCCCGGGGACAUUGAAUUUGAGGAUUACACUCAACCGAUGAAACGCACCGUGUCAGAUAACAGCCUUUCGAAUUCCCGAGGAGAAGGCAAACCAGAGCUCAAGUUUGGUGGCAAAUCCAAAGGAAAGUUAUGGCCUUUCAUCAAAAAAAAUAAGCUUAUGUCCCUUUUAACAUCCCCCCAUCAGCCUCCCCCUCCUCCCCCUGCCUCUGCCUCACCCUCUGCUGUUCCCAACGGCCCCCAGUCUCCCAAGCAGCAAAAGGAACCCCUCUCCCAUCGCUUCAACGAGUUCAUGACCUCCAAACCCAAAAUCCACUGCUUCAGGAGCCUAAAGCGUGGGCUUUCUCUCAAGCUGGGCGCCACGCCAGAGGAUUUCAGCAACCUCCCACCCGAGCAGAGAAGGAAAAAGCUGCAGCAGAAGGUCGAUGAAUUAAAUAAAGAAAUUCAAAAGGAGAUGGAUCAAAGAGAUGCCAUAACAAAAAUGAAAGAUGUUUACCUGAAGAAUCCUCAGAUGGGAGACCCAGCCAGUUUGGAUCACAAAUUAACCGAAGUCAGCCAAAAUAUAGAAAAACUGCGGCUAGAAUCCCAGAAAUUUGAGGCCUGGCUGGCGGAGGUGGAAGGCAGGCUGCCAGCACGCAGCGAGCAGGCCCGCCGGCAGAGUGGAAUGUUCGACGCCCAGAACCCAGCCACGGUCAACAACUGUGCCCAGGACCGCGAGAGCCCGGAUGGCAGUUACACGGAGGAGCAGAGUCAGGAGGGUGAGGGGAAGGUGCUGGCCACGGACUUCGAUGACGAGUUUGAUGAGGAGGAGCCCCUGCCCGCCAUCGGGACCUGCAAAGCCCUCUACACAUUCGAAGGUCAGAAUGAAGGGACCAUCUCCGUGGUUGAAGGAGAAACUCUGUACGUGAUCGAGGAAGACAAAGGCGACGGGUGGACCCGCAUUCGGAGAAAUGAAGAUGAAGAGGGUUAUGUCCCCACUUCGUACGUCGAAGUCUAUUUGGACAAAAAUGCCAAAGAUUCCUAGAGGCGGAUGCAGGAGCCGGAGCCUCAGUGAGCCUUCCCAGGAGAACCCCUUCGGUCUGCUUGUCUCCGCAGGCCCCGGGCGCCCGCGCGCACAGACGGCUCCCGGGCUGGGCCGGCGCGCGGCCCUCCGACGACAUCUCAGCCUGAAGCCGCAUCCCCCCGACCCGCCGCGCGGCUGCUUGCCUUUUUCUUUCUUUUCUUCCCACAGCAUGCUUCUCAUGGCCCUGCUCCCCCCACGGCCCGUCCGGCCACCUCUCUGGGGGCAGUUCUGUCCCUGUCCCGCACCCCCACCCCACCCGGGGCCACGGAAGGCAGCUAGACACGUGCUCCCUCCUUCCCGGGCCCCUGCCUUGGCCCUCAGUCGGCCUGGCGCGUCCUGGCCCGUCCAUGGUUCACACUGUGCCUUUCGUGAAAACUUCGCCACUGGUCUCCCCGGGGGGAGACGGACAGAAUCUGGACAGGGAGGGUCAGGCGUGCACCAGGCGGACUGAGCGAGCGCCCGGAUGUCAUGGAUGGGUUCCCGCGUCCCGAGUCCGUUGACUCUUCGGUGGUCCUUUUCUGGUUAGGGGUCCUCACCUCAUACUAAACAUCGGCCCUUGCAACAUUUCCUGGCCUGACAGUGUCCGUGGGGGGCGCUGGGGGACACGCAGGCACGCACACGCAGGCAUGCAUCCCCGAGUGCGCGCGCACGCGUUUCGAUUGGGAGCCUGUGCUCCGUGGCCUGGAAAGGUCUACACUGGAAGUCAAAUUCCAUCUCCAGGGCCACACGCAGAAGCGUCCACCUUUCACGGGUGAGGGAAGGUCCCAGCCCACCUCCCUGCCAUCGCCCUGCGGGACGUGGCGCUUGAGCGAGCGUCUCACCUCGGCCCUAGCUCCUUGCAAAGUGACAAUUCCCGUUUUCCCGUGAACUCCUGAGAUUCACAUCUUCGGAUUCUAGCGCUUUCCUCACCAAAGACCCUGCCUGUGAGGCCGGCGGUCCUUCAGGUGGUCCUGUGGCCACGGCUUCCGCAUGUUCUCACGGGCUCCGUGGGCCACGGAGACUGGAGGGAGUUGGCUUUUUGAGCGAAGUUCCCUUCCUCUUGCGGAUCCUUGAGGAAAAUGUGAGGCCGUGUAGCCCGUGGCCAGUCAUGCCUUAGAGCAGCCUAGCUUCCCUUCUCUGGUGCAGACCCGGUCGGGAGGAGUCACUGGCUGCGAGUUUCUGUGAACGAGACACCAUCCAAAGCCCAAGAAGGAACUCGGGCCUCUGUGCUCUCUCGUUUGGCUGUUGGUAACUAGGUGGUCACCUCGGACAUCCUCAAUUCUUCUCGACCUUUACGAAUCUAAGACGAGGGUGUCUUAUGGGAGCCGAAGGGACAAGAGGCAGAAAGGAGAGGUGCUAAGGGCUGGGCCUGUGUUCAGUGGCCGAAACGGUUCCUCUCAGAAACCGGGGUUGAGCUCGACCACACCCCCCCUUCCGAGAGAAACCUCCCGCAAGCACAUGCCCGGGGUAAGCAAGUGAAGAGGAAGUGGCUUUGGGUUUAAAGGCGAGCAAGCAAGCGAGCAUGAGCCGCCCCCCCUUCUGUCUCUCUGUCUCUGUCUCUGUCUCUGUCUCUCUCUUGCCCUGAAGGGGGCCAGGCCCUGCGGUUGAAGACUACCUGCCUAUCUGCCGGGAUGGCUGAGGCCGUGGGGGUCUCGGGGCUGCUCUGUUGGCAGCGGGCCCCCGUUCCCCACAGCCGUGGGGAGCUCCUCCACCUUGUUGAGAGGGCUGCUUGCCGGAUGCCCUGGGGCCAGGGGGGCCGGGCCUCGCCCGAGUCCCUGCAAACCUGCAGGUGUGUGGUUUGGCCCGUCGUUGCAGCAGCUCCGCGGAGGCUCCUCCGCCAGCCCCGGGGGGAGGGAUGGGGGGGUCAGGAAUCUCUAGGAACUUCUGAAUCUCACCAAGCCAAGCUGACUGCUCUCCACAAGGAUGCUAAAUGGUUUUUUUAAAUCGAUUUUAGAGCCUCAGUAAUGCAUGUGCAUUGCAUCUUUCAUAUUCUGGGGUCAGGAUAGAUUCAGUUCUCACAACGUAGGGAAAAUGGUAUAAGCUGCAGUGGUUUGUUCUUUUAGUGUCUGUUAAGCCCAAUAGAGAAUAUGCUCGUAUCUUGUAGCCCCUGCACCUUUUUUUUUUUUUUAUUCCCUUCUGAACCACCUGCGUCCAGAAAGGAAUGGAUCCUAAGUGCUUCUCCGUGUUAGCCUUGGUGUCGCACCCCGCCCCCCCCCCCCGCCCCCGGUGGGUCUGUGCGGCUGUGUGGGGAGGGGAGCGCAGCAAACCUGAGCUCAUUCAAGGAGAUAAGUCAUUAGAGGGUAGUUGAGGUGUAUCCUUUAUUCUGGGGAUCCUCCUGGGAAAUCAUCUCUAUAGGAGUAUGGACCAGUUCCCGUAGAGUAGGGGAACUUCCCCAUCUGCUUCUCGGCCACCCGUUCGCCCCCCGACGCCUGUCCUUUCUCCACCGAUGCUAGAGUAGUGUUGUUGUAAGAAUGACUAAGUUUUAAAGCACCUGCCCUGAACAUGACCUAAAAACGUUUUUCUGCUGGAAAGAGAGGAACUUGUCAUUCAUCCAGUUUUUCCUUUGCAAGAUAAAAAAGGCAUGGAAAGCCGUCGUGGGAUUUUCCUUCGGGAUUUUAGCGCGCUCACCUCAGAAGCUUCCAGGCUGUGAGGCUCAGGCCAGAUAAGCUGUAGCUUAUCUCGCAGCACAGAGGCCCCCCCUCAGGGCUUCUGGUGACAUCUGUAAUUACAGGAGAGAGUUUAUGGAACGUGAAAAAGUGACAUGGAUGCUAAGUAUUUUUCCAGAAAUCUUAGUUUCAUACUUCCUCAUACCUCUGCCUCCCCACACUGGUGCCGUCAAAACACUUCUUUAAAGAGUGAUCCAAAAUUCUAUUUUAACCUGAUGUUGAGCACCUUUAAACGUUUUGGUUUCUUUGUGUGUGUGGCACUAAUUCUAAACUUUGGAGGCAUUUCAGUGUUGUAACGGCCCCUGCCAUUGUGAAGGUUCUGGAAUUGCCCAUUUGUCUCUGGAGAUGGAAUUAAACCAAAUACAGUGCUUCCAUUGGAAGGCUUAUAUUGACCUUGUAACUAUAUGUUAAUCCUCUAAAUGUUAAAUAAAAGUAUAA